AUGCCCAGCGCAAAGUCCGUGUUGGCCUCGCGCCGGGGUGGGCCCAAUCUAAAUCUGAAUUUGAGCCAGAGCACCCUUGAGCUGCCGGCCCACAAACUCCAUCGGCAGAAUAGCUCCGAAUCGACUCUGUCGUCCGACUCGGGUCUCUGCUCUAGUCCGGGAACUGGCUUCCUGUCCGUGGCACCGAGCUGUCCGUCAUCUUGCUCGGCUCCUUCGAGUCCCAUAGGGCCAAAGUUCAAGUUGACUCGAGAAUUCGAUGCCGCGGUAUGUCGACUGAAUCAACACAAGACGCUCGUAUCCAAGAUACUGAGCUCUCGAUUCCUUCGUCGGUGGGAGAAUCAUUCUGUGAGACUGAAUCAGUUCUCGAUCGAUUCGGUGCAGAACACAGGUUUCAUGGCGGAGCCCAUCCCCUACGAUAGCAUUACUGAGGUUUACGCGACAAAGCGCUGGGAUCCUCAUCACAAGUUUUGUUUGCGGAUUGCUCUUGCGGACGGUACUUCUGCUUUGCUUCAGGCACCCAGCUCCUACCUUCGGGACCAAUGGCUCCAUUCGAUCCUGUGGCUGAAGCAGAUUUCGAAAUUCUCGCUCGAUGCAGUCAGAAAUCGGGAGAACGAUUUCGGUGUGAUCCUCAAAAACAUGAAGACGAUGGUCGACCUUUCGUUAACGACGCCGCUUCAGGACACGAGCAUAUAUCAGACGACUCUUGACAUUUUGUGCGACUAUCUACAUAAUAUUGAUAACGCGAAUUCGGACGAUUUGAGCGGCUGCUAUGGAAAUCAGGUGAUCGCUGUGAUGUCGCCGCUCCUCGAGAGGUGUACUCCAACCCAACCCAUCUGCGAAUAUCUUUGUAAGUUAUGCGACAGCGAUUUGCCCCUGGUCACAGGCCAACUGGCCUCCGUUAUCGAACGGAUCAUCAAACGAAACACGGAUUUCGGAAAGUAUCCUGGAUCUCGACGUCUCGUCGAAUGCUAUUUGAAGGCAUUGUCUCGGCUGAACAAGCACUCGCGGCGGAACCUCGGCCAGAGUCCUAGGAAGAGAGCGCGCAGCCGAUCGGCAGAACGCUGUCUCGAUUCAUUCGACUGCCAUUUCGAAAAGGAGCGCAGCAAUAAAAGCGGCAGCUCAUUGUCGGUAGUGACGUCCAACUACCGACCGGCGACGAUUCACGAGCAAUGCGCCGGUGGUCACUAUCAAGGCACGAGUUCGUUGAGCGUGUUCAACGUCAGCGGACUUUCGUCCGAAGGUCAACACCUCGAAACUCCCACUUUCAGCAACCUUAGCAGUGACGCAUUUCGGACCGAGAGCCAACUGAGCCACGAUCAAAUGAUAGCCACGAUCAAUUCGAGUGGGAGCAUCAUCAACGUACAACUCUGCCCGGACUCGACGGACGAAGUCGAGGGUGGACAAAACGACGACGGGAAGACCGCUGAGGUCGAGAACAACAGGCUCGAUGUGCCGUCGGCUUUAGAAGACGAGGUAUUCUGCUGUGAAGAAAACGUACGGACCAACCUGCGGCACAAAUCAGCCUGCGCCGUCGAAGCGUUCACGAGGCAAAUGCACGGCAACUCCAGUGCGUGCCCUCAUCCGCGCAUACUCCCCAAUCUCGUGGCAGUUUGUCUCUCGGCUCUCUACAGAGCGUUUAGUCAAACCAAGGAUCUCAGGACGAAAUGUGAUGAUCCGGACGUAUUGUGCUUUAUUCAGAUCCUCUCGGUUCUUUCCGAGUUUGAAGAUUGGCGAUUACCGCUAUCGCAAAUCCUUCAACCCAUCCCUUUCCCUAGUAUUUUCAUUGAGGCCACGAUACUCUUCGCUGAAAAAAUGUCGACGAUCGUUUGGCAGUUCGCCAGCGAUUCCCGAUGCGAGGUGCACCAAUGCCUCGUUGGAGUCCGCCAGAACAAAAAUGGCUGGCUGCAGAUUUUUGCCGCCGGCCACGAUAGUGAGAUGUACAGUAAAAUGUGCCAUGCGCUUUUGAAAUGCAACUGCCUGCGGAAAGCCUUCUUGAGCGACACGUUCACCAGCUCAUGGGCUCUCGAGCCGCUGAUUCUCAGUUCUCUACGGCAUCAGGCUGUCGCGGUGCAAUGUUUAGCCAUCCUUCUCGAAAACGAUCUCAUAAAGGGCGAAGACCUCAGAAGUUCGGCACAAGCAGCCCUGCAAUCCAGUGUAUUCGGACGGAGGCUUUUCGAGACAAUCCAAGCCAAAAAGCAGAUGUACACAAGAAAUUUCGAGCAGUCCGGUUCUAGUCGUGUGAGAUCGUUGAGUACAAUCUCGCUCCCUCCGAAAUCCAAUGACAAUGACUUUCAUCUACUCCUGAGUAAUUUGAGUGGCGUACACGAUCUGGUCAAAGUUCACACUCUGACCUUAGCCUUCACCGAGAUCACCGACCGGAGCAUCGAUGCCAUAACGCAAUUGAGAGGUCUCAAGAAACUCAAUCUUUGGGCCUCCAAGAUAAGCGAUGUAGGUCUGGAAGCUAUCUGCUAUAGCCUCAAGGAUCUCGAAGAUGUGAAUCUUUGUGAGACUCCUAUCGGAGAACGUGGGGUCGAGGCGCUCACAUCGCUUGAUAAACUUCGAAUCGUAAAUCUCAAUUCUACAAAAGUCACCAUGGAUGCAUACUGCAAGUUGAAGGAGCGAUUCCCCGAUAUGGAAAUCUGCGAUGUUCGCUACACAGAUGCCUGGUGA